ACUGGGACUCCAGUGAGGAUGCUGUCUAUGGUGAUACUCGGUGUUUUCCUGUCCCUGCUCAUCCUGCUGACAGUGUGUGGUAACGUCCUGGUUUGUCUGGCCGUCUGCGCCACACGACGUCUCCGCUGCCUCACCAACUGUUUCAUCGUCUCCCUCGCCAUCACUGACCUGCUGCUUGGCAUGCUUGUCCUGCCUUUCUCCGCCCUCCUCCAGCUCAGCGAUUGGCCUCUGGGGCCGACCAUCUGCAACAUCUACAUCUCAUUGGAUGUUAUGUUGUGCACCGCCUCCAUCCUCACGCUAUUGGCCAUUAGCCUGGACCGCUACCUGGCCGUGACCGCGCCCCUUAGAUACUCCUCACUAGUGUUGCCGAGGCGAGUUGCCUUUGCUAUGGCGUUGGUGUGGGCGGUGUCGCUAGCAGUGUCAUUCCUGCCAAUCCACCUGGGAUGGAACACGGUGGACGGCAACGUGCAGAAUCGCGGCCAGGGGGACAACAUGACAGAGUGUAACUUUGAGCUGAACCCAUCGUACACUGUCGUGGACUCCUCCUUAACCUUCUACCUCCCCCUGCUGAUCAUGUGCUGGACCUACCACCGUAUUCUUCGCAUUGCUCGGGCGCAGGCCAGGCGCAUCAUCCACGCGCGCCCCAGACUCAACAACAACAACGGCUCCUCGUCAGCCCCUCGUCAACUCACCUCGGUAACAGCGGUGGCUCUACGGGAACACAAAGCCACAGUGACUCUAGCAGCAGUGAUCGGGGUGUUCGUGGUGUGCUGGCUGCCCUACUUCACCCUGUUUACCAUUAUGGGUCUGAAGAAGCAGAACUACCCAGCAGCCUUCCCAGUGGUGCAGUGGCUGGGGUACAUCAACUCAGCUCUGAACCCUUUGCUCUACGCUGCCCUCAACAGAGACUUUAGGUCCGCCUACGCCCGCCUGCUGCGCUGUGGUUACUACGGCUACGGCAAGGGGAGGGGCCGGCCACCAUGCCCCAACACAUUCAUGACAGGUGGGGGGAAAGUAUGUGGAGGGGAGGUGGAUCUGCUGUGUGGACACACCUCUUCCUGCAGGGCGGGGCCAAGUGAGACAGGUAUGAUGCUACAGGAAGUCAGCAGAGGAACGGCCACGCCGUCUCCUCAGCACAGCAACGGGGCCGCUGUCGCCAACGGCAACGGCAGAUCCUGCUGACCCUGCAUCUAACUGUGAGGAGGACUCAGUGUCCCACCAGUCAUGUAUGCUGAGCCCAGCCAGCCUGACCCACACACCUAGCCCAGGGGUCAAUCACAUCACUGACAAGACACAGGGACUAUUUGGCCAUCUCCAGAAAGGAGAGCAGGCUACGAAUGUGAAGGAACUCAUCCAAAAUAUCACAGGCAAUCCAGAACAAGGAUACAGAGGACUUCCAACCAAAAAUGUUUUAUCAGAGUCUAUUUCUAUCCCUUCAACCAAUGAGCAGUGACUGGGGAAAGCCACGAGUCACUUUGUUCUCGAACACUGAUACCUGGAAAGAAAUAUCACGGGAUGGACAGAGAGACAGAAAGACUAAAACUCUCUUCCCAGCUUGGUAGUGGACUCUAACCACUGCUGUUAGUCGUAUGAACCUGAGGGCUUCAAAUGUAGCAGAUACUUUGCCCCCAACCAAUGGAAUAUGAUACCACAACCUGACAAGGAGACUAGACGCUUAGCAAUUAUUUAAUUUAUAUCAAAAUAAUCAGUCUUCUGAGAGAAAGAAAAAUAAAAAAAAACAUUAUUUGACAGUGUUUCAUCUUUAUGAGGAAUUUUAUGAUUGUGCAGCUACUGUAUAUGUGUCCUCUAUGAUGUUGAAAUACAUGUAUGUGUGUGUGUACAUGUACUCGACUAAAACAUGUCCCAAAAAGUCUUGGAAUCCAAUAUUUGUCAUUUCUAACCAGAGUGCCAUCUCUGUUCUUGUAAGGUUGUGAAGGUAUGCCCCCUACAUCCAGGGAUGGUACUGAAUGGCGGGGGUGGAGUGGUGCAAUAAAUGGUAUUUACCACAGUAGUCAAGGAUUCUAAUAAUAGUAUAGCAUUUAUUUGCUUCGUGAGCUCUCUCAUGGUAGCCUAAUCAGAACCUUGUACAAAAAGGGUGAAAAAUAAAAGUCAAGUUCUUGAAAAAAAAGGAACAUAACUUGUUUUUUAGGACAAAUUAACAGAGGUUUUUAGUUUGUAAAGAAAUGUGGCAUAUUGCUGGUCUGCACACAUCAACAGCCAGUCGCUUAGGCCCAACCUGCCGGUGUACUGGUACUAAUAGUUUCUCACAACUGAUGGCUUAUACGAUUGUGGCUAGAUGGAAGUGACUUGACGCAGCAGGUUAUGAGAACUAACGCAGCAGGUUAGGAACAUUAAAAUAGCAGGUUAGGAGAAUUUGAAUAAGGUUAGAAAAAGCUCAAAUGCUACAGUUGUCGCGUCGGGGACAACUGUAGCAUUUGAGCUUUUCCUAACCUUAUUCAAAGGAGUUGUACUCCAUCUACAGACAACCAUAAAAGCCAUCAGUUCCAAGAAACCAUCCGUGGCCUACCGCCACACGGGUCUGCACACAUUAACCUCCUGUCGCUUACAGAAGCAGCAUUGAGCUGGCACUGAAAUACCUUUAAGAAAUACACUGUUUAAGAAUUAGCGGGUAUGCUAGUAGGCUAGUGCUAACCUCAUAGCUAGGUCUACAGAGACAGCUAUACAGUAAGGAUAAUUUGACAUAGCAAACAUCUACCCAAAAUAAAAUAGACCAUUCUUGAUUAGAAUAAACUAAGUUAUAUUGAAAAAAAGGUAAGUGAGGGGAAUGGGCAGAUACGAGUGCCUGUUCUUAACUACAAUAUGGAGGUCAGUUUGGGUCUUAGGGCUUUAUUCAAUCAGAUCCGCUUUAGCCAACAUCUGCAUAGCCGUUGUUUUGGUGUGUCAAAGUUGGAACUACUUUAGAGCUGUCAAAUCCACAAGUGGCUCCCGGCAUUACACCUAAAGUGAACAUUGCCAAAGUUCAUGGAGUUGCAUUAACAGAAAUUCCAUGCAGCCUUGUUUACAAGUUUCAACACCGGAACUUGAGUUGUAAGGUACACCUCAUUAGGAUUUGAGUAAGAGAUGGAUUGAAGCCUGGAUUCAAACCAGGGACCGCUGCGCCACUCAGAAGUCUUAAAGAGGAGGGUAUAGUGCUUUUACAUCUAGUCCAGGGGAGGGUCAUGUCCUUUGUAAUUGAUGAAAUGUUAAUAUGUCUCAGUGUUUUAGAAGGAGUUGCUGAUAAAGCUAAAUAUAGAUGUGUGUUUCUUGCCCAUGAUGUAGGAUUAUUUAUCAGCGUUAUUGACCUCACAAUAGAGUUUAACUGAUUCAUCGGAAUUGCCGAUUAAUUAGGGCCGAUUUCAAGUUUUCAUAACAAUCGGUAAUCAGCAUUUUUGGACACCGAUCAUGGCCGAUUACAUUGCACUCCACGAGGAAACUGCGUGGCAGGCUGACUACCUGUUAUGCGAGUGCCGUAAGAAGCCAAGGUAAGGUGCUAGCUAGCAUUAGACGUAUCUUAUAAAAAACAAUCUUAACAUAAUCACGAGUUAACUACACAUGGUUGAUGAUAUUACUAGUUUAUCUAACUUGUCCUGCGUUGCAUAUAAUCAAUGCGGUGCCUGUUAAUUUACCAUUGAAUCACAGCCUACUUCGCCAAACGGGUGAUUUAACAAGCACAUUCGCGAAGCAAGCACUGUCGUUGCACCAAUGUGCACCUAGCCAUAAACAUCAACGCCUUUCUUAAAAUCAAUACACAAGUAUAUAUAUUUUAAACCUGCAUAUUUAGUUAAUAUUGCCUGCUAACAGGAAUUUCUUUUAACUAGGUAAAUUGUGUCACUUCUCUUGCGUUCUGUGCAACAGAGUCAGGGUAUAUGCAGCAGUUUGGGCCGCCUGGCUCGUUGCGAACUGUGAAGACUAUUUCUUCCUAACAAAGACAGCCAACUUCGCCAAACGAGGGAUGAUUUAACAAAAGCACAUUUGCGAAAAUAGCACAAUCGUUGCACGAAUCAAUGCCUUUCCUAAAAUCAAUACACAGAAGUAUAUAUGUUUAAAUCAGCAUAUUUAGUUAAAAGAAAUUAAUGUUAGCAGGCAAUAUUAAACUAGGGAAAUUGUGUCACUUCUCUUGCGUUCAUUGCACACAGAGUCAGGGUAUAUGCAACAGUUUGGGCUGCCUGGCUCGUUGCGAACUAAUUUGCCAGAAUUUUGCGUAAUUAUGACAUAACAUUGAAGGUUGUGCAAUGUAACAGGAAUAUUUAGACUUAUGGAUGCCACCCGUUAGAUAAAAUACGGAACGGUUCCGUAUUUCACUCAAAGAAUAAAUAUUUUAUUUUCGAAAUGAUAGUUUCCGGAUUUGACCAUAUUAAUGACCUAAGGCUCAUAUUUCUGUGUGUUAUUAUGUUAUAAUUAAGUCUAUGAUUUAAUAUUUGAUAGAGCAGUCUGACUGAGCGGUGGUAGGCACCAGCAGGCUCGUAAGCAUUCAUUCAAACAGCACUUUUGUGCGUUUUGCCAGCAGCUCUUCGCAAUGCUUCAAGCAUUGAGCUGUUUAUGACUUCAAGCCUAUCAACUCCCGAGAUUAGGCUGGUGUAACCGAUGUGAAAUGGCUAGCUAGUUAGCGGGGUGCGCGCUAAUAGCGUUACAAACGUCACUCGCUCUGAGACUUGGAGUAGUUGUUCCCCUUGCUCUGCAUGGGUAAUGCUGCUUCGAGGGUGGCUGUUGUCGAUGUGUUCCUGGUUUGAUCCCAGGUAAGGGUGAGGGAAGGGACGGAAGCUAUACUGUUACACUGGCAAUACUAAAGUGCCUAUAAGAACAUCCAAUAGUCAAAGGUAUAAGAAAUACAAAUGGUAUAGAGAGAAAUAGUCCUAUAAUUCCUAUAACAACCUCAACCUAAAACUUCUUACCUGGGAAUAUUGAAGACUCAUGUUAAAAGGAACCACCAGCUUUCAUAUGUUCUCAUGUUCUGAGCGAGGAACUUAAACGUAAGCUUUUUUAUAUGGCACAUAUUGUACUUUUAAUUUCUUCUCCAACACUUUGUUUUUGCAUUAUUUAAACCAAAUUGAACAUGUUUCAUUAUUUAUUUGAGGCUAAAUUGAUUUGAUUGAUGUAUUAUAUUAUGUUAAAAUAAAAGUGUUCAUUCAG